UCCUUGCACCGCAUGGUCAGGUCUCUGACCUCCCUAUAAGCUGUGUCAUCGUUGUCGGUGAUCAUUAUGGGUAUGCUUGCAAUUGUUAAGGACUGGGGAGUUUUUCAGGAUAUAAAAUUAACGUAAUGGAUCUAAUCACAGGCAAAAUCCUAGAGGAAAACCUGGUUCAGUUGGCUUUCCAUCAGACACUGAGAGAUGAAUUCACCUUUCAGCAGGACAAUAACCUAAAACACAAGGUCAAAUCUACACGAGUUGCUUACCAAGAAGAUAGUGAAUGUUCCUGAGUCACCUAGUUACAGUUUUGAACUUUUAUUAUCCUCCUUCAUCAUGAGGGAGAGAAAUUUAAACAUAUCCUAAAGACAUGGGUUUUUGGUAACGGAAUUCCAAGGCACAAGGCAAUGUUUCUUAAACUUAUAGUAGGCAGAAAAAUGUAUCCAACACUAAAUAUAAGUGUUGAUAUUAGUUGGUAGGGGUCUUUACUUGUUGGAUGUGUACACUUUUUCUGGUACAUGUUUUCUAAGACCUGUUUUCCAUCUGUUUGACCAGAAAUCAAAGCCUUAGCUUAUUCCAGAUGUUUAGGAUGGAAAAUGGUUGACAAAUGUAUAUGCCUUAAUUUAUUAAUUAUAUAGACUCUUAGCUUUCAUUUGACACACACAUUUGACAUGCUCCUAUGAACUUCACAUGUUGGUGCUCAUGGGUCAUUUUACAUGGAAAUUAAUUGCUACUGAUUCAUGAUCUUUCAAAGAAAAGGUAACAGAGUAUGAUAUACUAAAAGUAAGCAGGCAAACACAAAAUAUGUUUGUCAAUCAUAAAAGCAUAUGCACCUAACCAUACAAAGAAAAGGAUACAAGGGGUUAACGGUAGCCAACAUUUGAGUAUCAUGGCAUCUUCAUAAUUAUUGGGAUUGACAUAAUUAUUUUCAUUAGGCUGACAUCCCAUAUCAUACUAUUAUGCUUUAUGUUCAUUUAAUUUCAAAAGAGAUAUAUUGACUGUUGUAUUGUAAAAUUAGACUGACUUGAAAUGGGAUAACAUAUUUCCUAUGUGCAUCAAUGUUUUUUAAGCACAAUUGAGUAUCCUUAUUAAAUGCUAAAUGUACUGAGCGAAGCCUAAUCAUAGUCAAGUCUAAACGUUGUAUUGCCACUAGAUGGCAAUGGUUCACCUUUGGGUUGGUUUCAUGUAAGACAUUACCGUAAUCUUGUAUAUAGCCGGCUAAAGGCAAAGUUACAGUCAGCAUCAUUUAAAAUGUAAGGAUAUGAAGUUUUAGAUAUUUGCAAACAGCUUGAAAUACCAGAUCACAUUUAAAACCCCCAUGAAGAUACCCUUUUGUUGAUCUUACUUUAAUUUUGAUCUAUUAAAUGAUAAUAGCCAAGUUGUUCAUAUUGCAGUGCAGAAGGAUCGUUGAAGUAGGGUCUUCUCCGGUGUUUGCCUAUUACAUUUGGAGCGCAAUUUGUUUGCAAUAGAAAAGACUGCGGAGGCCUGUUCCAUUGUACAAAAUUACGCCCUUCUAUUAGGGAUGUAGCGCGGAAAAACCCUGUCACCAUGGGAGACGGGCAGGUUGGGUAUGUGCCAAUGGUCUGUGUACUGCUGUGUUGUGGAUGGUCAAGAGAGCGUGCAUGAUUUGGAGAGAAGUACGCGCGGGUAGACGCCAGAUAGAAAAAUCAUCUCAAAAAGGGACAUUUCAGAGUCUCUGUUGAAUAUAGCUGUGGAAUGGAUUUACAGCCAGUAGAAAGGUGAUGCGGGUAGAACACCCUAUUGGAAAGCGACUGUCACCUUUGCCUGUAGAUGUUCAAAGCUAACACCAUGCCAUAAGGAACUGUGUGCUACUACGAUUUUACUGUGGGCUGGAACUAUUCUCUUGGGCUGGAAAGAGGACCCUCUCCACUUUCAACAUGCUGAUAGCUAACAAUAGCAUUUUCAGAGAGCUCUUCCAAUGUCUCUGGCCGAUAGCAGGCCACAGAGCUCCUCAGUCAGUGGAAUAGUCCUUAAUUAGGAACAACAAACGCACUGCACCUGCAUCUGCCCUACGUGAACACAUAUAUUGGACACAUCAAGCUGCCGUGCAGAAGCUCAAGCCGGCAGCUGGCACCUCUGCAUGUGUGCACCUGUGUCUGUAUAGUUAGUGUGUAUGUUUCUCUGUCUGCGUGUGUGUGAGUGUGCGCCACCUUGGAUCCUCCUUGGAGCCGCACACAGCCCGGGCGCCCAGCCUUCGGCCCGGAGAUGCUGCAGACCAACAACUACUCCCUGGUGCUGCUGAUCCAGCUGAGCCUGUUGACCUUUGACCUGUUCGUCAACUCCUUCAGCGAGCUGCUGAGGGCGGCGCCCGUCGUCCAGCUGGUGCUCUUCAUUAUCCAGGACAUAGCCAUCCUGUUUAACCUGAUCAUCAUUCUGCUGAUGCUGUUCAACACCUACGUGUUCCAGGUGGGCCUGGUGUCCUUGCUGCUGGAGCGCUUCAGGGCCCUGCUGCUGCUCUCUGCCCUCUACCUGACUCUCAGCAUCUCCCUACACUCCUGGAUCAUGAAUCUACGCUGGCAAAAAUCAAACCGCUAUGUGUGGACUGAUGGUCUCCAAGUGAUUUUUGUCUUCCAAAGAAUAGCGUCCGUGUUGUACUACUACUUCUACAAGCGCACCACAGAGUACCUGGGUGACCCUCGGCUCUAUGAAGACUCGCCUUGGCUCAGAGACGCCUUUGCCAAUGCCAGGGCCCGCCAGUGAGCAAAGAGCAGUGUGUGGAGAUUAAACUGGAAUGGACAGAUCCAAAAUUGGCCCCUCCAUUUCCCCCGGACACAGAGAGACACUGCUACGUGCAGAGCUGAAAUAGACGCUACAGUGCACAGGCAUGGGCUGAUAUGGAGGGAAGACAUGGGUCAACUUUAACAAUGGUGAAAAAUGAGAUUCUGCUUGGAUACAGCAAGCCACUUUGCAGGGCAAGCCAGAUGUACUGUAAGAGGCAAACUGGUUUAGGGCCUUGAUUAAUGGACAGAAUGUUAUACCAAGAUGACUGUGAUGCUAAAAUUUGAGAACUCAUAGUUUAAUGUGACAUUGACAACAAGUUAUAUAUAUUUUUUUCACACUUUGUAACCUUGUGACUGCAUUUGUCUGUCAUUUAGCUAUCAAUUUAAUUAUUAUCUUUGUUGUUUCGUAGGAUGAUUUCAGAGUUUGUGUGCCAGAUUUCUUUUGUGAAGAUGACUGGAAAGAAAAACAAUAAUGUUUCAUGUGUUUAAAAUGCUUACUUUUUUCUUGUUUUUUGUACAAAUGUAUUAAACAAAACCCAGACAGUGCAUACACUGAUA